GAAAGGAAAGGAAAGGAAAGCAGGGAAGGGGAAGGAAGAAUGAAGGAAGGGAAGAAGAAGGGAGGAAUAAGUGCACAGUCGAUGAUGUUGGUGAAGAUGAUGAUGCCCUUCUCCUAGAAGAAGACGUUGGCCUGCUUUAGAGAAGCAGAAGCAGAAGCAGGCAGUAAGUAAGUGAGUAUCGCAUCCUCUCCCUCACCCGCCCGCCCACCAUCAAGGCAGCGCCAGGCAGAUCCCUUUUCUCGUUGCGCGUGUCAUGUUGCGCUUGUUGCUUCGACUUCUGUCUGCAAUCCCUGGGUUCUCCACCGACGGCAGCGGCUAGGUUUUUGGGGGAGGCUUUUGUAGGAGUGACAGCAAUAGCAGGAGGAGCAGCAACAGCAGCUUGUGAGGUUUAGACCACCGUCGCGGACACGUUCGUUUUUUUUUAAACGAAAGUGUGAAGAGUCCAGGAGCUCCUUAUUGAAAUAAGAACAUAAUGGGCGCCACAGGACCGUCCGGAGGUUUUGACAUUCAUAAUUUCUUCAACAAGCAACCUCCGAGCCCAUAUCCCCCUCCUCAAUACCCUUCUCAUACCCCGUACCCCCCUAGUCAAUUUCCUCAGAGUCCAGGAUGUUUUCCAACCAACCCUGGUUCUUUUCCAAGUAUGCCACCCCAAAAUUUUCAGUAUAGUGCGCAGCAACAACAAGGGCAACCUCACGUAUUCCACCCAUACAUACACUAUCAGCAGGAGCAUGGAGUGCGGCCGUCAAACUAUAAUACUGCGCCCUACAACCAGCAGCAGCAGCAGCAGCAGCAACAACAGCAGCAACAGCAGGGCCAGUUCCCCUCUCCGGGUUCCCUGAGCUCUCUACAUGGCAACCCUCCUCAUUCAUCUCUUUCUUUAUCUUCUUUGCCUCAAGGCAGUGGCGGCCCAAACCAGGCAUCAACCUCUCCUUUGGAUGGCGCCCGUCUCAUGGCUCUUCUGACAACACAUGGCGGAGCGGAAGCUCCCAGCAGCGAUGAUGGUUCAUUGCUUUCAGGAAUCCAACAAAGCAGCACCGAACGACCCCGUUCGUCUCCGGUAAUUAGCCAGGAUGUUUCUGUCCCUCCACCUGCACUGGCUCCGGCACUGCCUACAGCUCCGCCAGCUCCAGUUUCCCAAGUGACUUCCACCGCGUCUAGUAGGGGGUCGAGUGGCAAGAAACCACGCGGUCGGCAUCUGUGGGGGGAUCACGUCUUGUACGAUGUGGAUGUUCGUAAAUCUGGAGAGGCGCAGCCCCAGUUGGAAGUUAGCCCUAUUACAGUUUAUGGGUCCGAUCCGCAUCUAGUGGUCGGGAGACAGAUUGCCGUUAACAAAAGGUACAUCUGCUACGGACUGCGCCAAGGCACGAUUCGUAUCCUGAACAUCGACACUGCAUUAAGAGCGCUUCUUCGAGGUCAUACUCAGAGGGUGACGGAUAUGGUGUUUUUGUCAGAGGACCAGCAUCUUCUUGCAAGUGCAAGUGUGGAUGGUCGCAUUUUUGUUCGACGGAUCCUGGAGGGACCAUCCCCCGAGGUUGGCAAGGUUCUCAUCACAGAGCAGAUAUUGCUAGCCAUCGAAUUUAUUGGGGACUGGAAAUCAUGUCAUCCACGCGUAUGCUGGAAUCUCCAAAUGCAGAAUGUGUUGGCGGUGGCGAUCGGGCAGUAUGUCUUGAACAUAGAUGUAGGUAAGGUGCAGCAGGCUGCACCUCCAGGAGGUUUUUCCGUUGACCAACCUCUUCAAUGUCACGUGGAGAAGCCAGUAGAUGGAGUGAAUGUGGUUGGCAUUCACGAUGGUACUGUGACGGAUUUGGCAGUUCCAUCGUUUUCCACCUUCAGGGUGGCAUCAGUCUCACAAGAUGGCACGAUGCGCAUAUGGGGGGACAACAGCAGAAGCCCGCUCCUGAGUAUCGUGCCUCAUGGUGGAGAGCCAGUGUCCGCAGUUGCCUUUUUGUCAGCACCGCGGCGUCCUGACCAUCACGUUCUGCUUACUGCGGGGCCAUUGAACAGAGAGUUGAAAUUGUGGGCGCCAAUAAGUAGUUCAGAGGAUCCACGUUCGAAGUCAGGCACAGGAGCCUGGCGAUGCAUACAAACAUUGGAGUUUCAGAGCUCGGAAGUCGUUGAUGGAAACUACGGGGAUGCGAUUUUUAAUCAGAUGGUUUUAGCUUCUCGUGCUAGCCUGAUUUUGUUGGCGAAUGCAAAGAAGAAUGCCAUAUAUGCGAUUCAUGUGGAAUUUGGGCACAGCCCAGCGGCUGCACGAAUGAACUACCUGGCGGAAUUUUCUGUAAAAAUGACUAUUCUGAGCUUGACAGUUGCCGAGGACGGUGUGUCCGAGGCCGGAGAAGGGAAGGUCCAGAUUUAUUGUGUUCAGACACAGGCGAUCCAACAGUACGACCUGGACGUGUCACAGUGUUUGCCACCUGUGGAUGACAUUGUGCCUGAAACUCCAGGAGCUCGUGAACGCCCGGUUUUGCGUGGUGUACAGGAUACUGACCGGUCGGAGAACAUCAGCGUCCCUGACUUGAUAGACAUGGGGCCUGGACCUGUAUCUGUUGUGAGCUCGGUGACAUCCACUGCAACCAACGUGAGCGUUCCUGCUAGAACCCCGGUCGUCUCUUCGUCUUUCGGAAGUCCGGUGGAAUUUGGUCGGCCGGAGGCGUCACCUGCACAUCACGUGGAGAAGAGCAUAUCAAUGGACUUCAAUGCAUUGUUGCAAGGUUCCACAAAGUCACAGAAGAAGGAGAGCGGGAAGGUUAGUUCUGAGUUUUCAUCAAGUGCAGAGCUCCUGGCGCAAAUGUCCGGCAAGUCAGAAGUGGCAGCUGCAGGCAGUGCGCAACCCUCCGCCUCGCGAAGAUCGCGGUCAAGGAGCCCAGUCAGGGUUCCCGAUUCGCACCAAGUCUCGAUGGGAACUAAGCAGAAGGGAGAGGAUGCUUACAUGACUAUACCGGAGGCAUCUUCUUUGAUGCCACCCCUUAAUGUGUCGAAUCUGGACAUGGCGCAGUCCAAUUCAAGCACCACCUCUGUAGACGAAGUUUCGGGAAAAAUACACAGGGACGCAUCUGCAGACAGUAGCAGUGCCAAGACCUCGAAUUUAUCUCAGCCUGGAAUUCUCCAUCAAGUUCUUCAUUUGAUAACUCCCUCAGAACUGAUGAACUUGGUAGCUGGGACAAAGAAUUCUGAAGUCUAUAACGCUCCGCUAUCAAUUCCUGAUCAAGAACAGAUUGGCGAGGAUGGAAAGAAACUGCUAUCCAAGGGUAGUGGCAGCAGCGAUGGGUUCGUUGGCGAGGAUUCCAGCGUGGUUAUGGAGAAGGAGGUAGUGGAAUCUAAUAUCUUAGUUGUCCAAAAUGAUAUCAGUGGGAAGGAGGUUCUGUCAUCCUCCUUGUUAGAGUCUCUAGAGACAACUCAAAUUUUAGGAAAUGAUUACGUGGGCAAAGAGCACUCGGUAUCCCAGGUUGGCAUAGACCUUUAUGUAGGAGAGAACUCACAGGUAGAAGAGGGCGAAGUUUCACAAGAUAAGGAGCGACUCUUGAUUGACACGGAGGACGUAAACCACAGGCUGAGAGAGCUGAGUUUCAGAGAUGGUAGCGGCGAGUUGCCUUUACUUCAGGUAGCAAAUGUAAAGGGAAGGAAGAACAAGAACAAGACGAACGUGGGUGGUAUUGGGUCUAGUUCUGCAAUACCCUCUCAGGUGUCAAGUAUGUUGGGGCCUGGAUUAAAGCCAGAAGGUGAAACCAGCCACAUUGUAGAUCCAGUUUCAUCGUCAACGCCGAUGGCAGCCGCAGCACCUUCCACUGCUCCUGCUGCCAUCGACCCUGCUUUCCUGGCGCAAGUGGCUUCAAUGCAAGAGUCACUGAACCAGUUGGUGACCAUGCAGAAAGAAAUCCAGAAGCAGAUGGCUGUGAUGGUGGCUGUGCCUGUUCAGAAGGAGGGCAAGCGGAUGGAAGUUGCGCUAGGGCAGCGGAUGGAGAAGAUGUUAAAAGCACAUGUCGACGCCAUGUGGGCACGGUUAGCGGAAGAGAAUGUACGGAGAGAGAAGCAAGAGCGUGAGAGAGUGCAGCAGGUGACGAUGAUGUUAACAAAUUUUGUGAGCAAAGAUAUGCCGGUUGCUUUGGAACGCGGAUUCAAGAAGGAAUUUGCUGCGAUUGGUCCAGUGGUGGCACAGGCGGUUCUUCCUCCUCUGCAUAAAGCGGUUGCGGCAAUUGUGGCCGAGUCCUUUCAGGGUUCUGCAGAGAAAAUGUUACCACACCUGGAGAAAUCGGUAGGCGCGAAGUUGGAGGGAACAGUGACCCGGCAGAUACAGACCCUGUUUCAAACGAUUGGUCGACAAGUCUUGCAGGAUGCGUUACGAACGUGCUUUGAAAGUACUGUUCUUCCAUCUUUCGAGCGGACAUGUCAAACCAUGUUUGAUCAAGUGGAGUCAUCGUUCCAGCAUGGCAUGUCUGAAUACACUCAGCAUGCUCAGGAGCAGCUUCUGUCGUCUCAUUCUGACCUCGCUUCCACAUUGAAGGACACUGUGGCAUCGGCUAACAGACUCGCGGACUCGUUGAAGGGAGAAUUAGCAGAUGGCCAGAAGAAACUUAUGAUUCUUGCAGAGAACGCGAGUGCAAAUGCAGCCCGCGCUCAGCCUGCCAACAAUCAGAUCAAUGGCGGGCUUCCUGACAAGGUGCUUUCUGUGCAGCACCUGGAAGAGACGUUGGAUCCUACGAUCGAACUCAUCAGACUUUUGAAGGAGGGCAAGCUCGAAGAAGCAUUCAACAAGGCUCUGUCUUUGAGCGACGUAGCAGUUGUUUCGUGGCUGUGUAUGCAGUUGAAUGAGGCUCAUCUUUUCAGCACAGUCCCACUACCGUUGAGUCAAGGAGUACUGCUGUCAUUAGUUCAGCAGCUGGGUUGCGAUUUGGACAAAGACACAACUCGGAAGCUGUCUUGGAUCCGGGAGGCAGCACUGGCGCUGAACCCCGAUGAUCCGUUGCUGGCUCCCCAUAUGCGACCCUUUCUACAUCAGCUUCACCAGAACUUGCUCCGACAAAUGGAGCAGACGACGGUUUCAGGAGACCAGACGACGGUUCCAGGAGAGCAGUCGAAUUUGAGACUUGUUAUCCACGUUGUCCGGUCUUUGUUGACAUCUUGCAAACAAUGAGGUAGAUGCUGACGCAUUCUUGCAGCAGCAGAAGAGAGGGGGAGGGCUGAUCCCAUUAGGAAGAUCCACAAGGGCUGAUCAAAAAGACGCAGGACUAGAUGCCCACGCCUUGGGAGCUGUCUGGUUCGUUUUCGGUGUGCAUGAGAAUCUCCCAGAGCAUUAGAGUUGGUCAUGAGUGUUAAUAUGGAAUGGUGGUGGAAGUUGGGGGGGGGGGUUGCUACGGUUUGUGUGGCUACUGAGGGGUUUGAUGUGGAGAAAGUGGAGAAAUGGUCAAUACAUGAGUUUCUGAAGUUGAAUCCUUCCAAACUGUUGCGAAGGUUCGUCAAGAGGUGACAAUGGGGAGAACUGUACAGAAAUAUGGGCUGCGUUUUGUACAGUCCAGGCUAUAGUUGUAUGAGAUAUGAAAGUUAGGCAACAGCCGAUCUAUUUUCUCUUUAGGCCGUUAUCUGUGUGACUAGGUGAUCAUCGUUAGAUACAGCAGUAUCCUUGCCUUUGAGCAGAUUUCAAGGGGGCGAAUCUUGUCCCAGAGGGUCUUCACUGGUGUUGUAAAUCAACGAGGUAAGAAGUUACAUGCGCUAGUUGACAUUGCUGGGUGUUGACCUGGUUUGCGACUGUCGAUACUUUAGAUAUAAGUGCAGGAAGUACAGGAUGUGCCCAUGUGAAGGCGCCGAGGACUUUGUGGGGCUGAGUGUUAUUUGUAUAGUGCGACUGGUGGUGGAAAGCCAGGCAGAAUUCAGCACACAAGUCCUGUUUUUCUGGUUGGGGUCAGCUGAAGGUUGUUGCUCCAAAGCUUUUGUUCGAUGAACGUGGAGGAUGAUAUGAAGUGCGUUUCAAUGUAAGGAUGACCCAGAUGUUUGCGUCUUCCGUGAUAGAAGAUGACGCCGAUCUAUGUUUUCUGCGGUCUAGAAAUUGACGUGGAUUGAUAUAUUAGUGCUUCAGCACAUGGCGCGCUCAAGUUUUCGAUACCAUUUUUACUUUAUGCCUGGUCAUCAUUGUAGUUUGCUUCUCCUUUUUAAUGCACUCAAGGCGAAGUGUGGUGUAAUUGCCGUCCACAGUAAUCGAGUUUACACACAACAAUGAUAAUUAUAGUCUA